CCAUUCAAACUUUGGCACAAAACGAAUAAAAGCCGCGUUGAAGCGCAAAAUUUUACCAGUUGACUAUAAGUCCUUAAAAGUAACCAAAUCAAAAUUUUCAACAUUCGUUGAACAUUCCAGCAAUACGUAAAUACGAUUCAGACCUUACACUCAACGAUAAAACAAACGCUUAAAAAACUUUUGAACUUCGAUAGAAAGCGAAAAGCAAAGUGCAAAGUUUCGUGUAAGUAUGGUAGCCGACAACCAAGUGAUAGUCAACGGGACGUUCAAUGACUACAGCGUGUAUCACUCCUCGACGUCGUCCUAUAAGAUGGCAACGGUAAUUCCAAGCGUCACACGCAUUUCCAGCAGGAUCAUUCGGGUCCUAGGAUGUAAUCCAGGGCCCAUGACCCUGCAAGGGACCAAUACGUAUAUCAUUGGCACGGGGAAAAGGCGUAUUCUCUUGGAUACGGGUGAUGCGGAUGUACCUCAAUACAUUAACCACCUAAAAGGCGUCCUGGAACAUGAAAAAGUCGACCUUGCCCACAUUUUCAUCUCCCACUGGCACCAUGAUCACGUCGGUGGCCUCAACGACGUUUUAGAACUCGAAAGCUCAAAAUAUUGUCAAGUAUGGAAAUUCCCUCGUAAGGAAGACGACGCCAGCAUUAAAUAUGACCACUUGAAAGACGGUCAAGAAUUCAGCGUUGAGGGUGCUACACUACGCGUUCUGCAUACUCCUGGUCACAGCACUGACCACGCUGUCUUCCAGCUUAUCGAAGACAAUGCUAUUUUUGCCGGCGACUGCAUUCUCGGUGAAGGCACCGCUGUUUUUGAAGAUCUUCACGAUUACAUGCAUUCCCUUCAGGCUAUUCUCGACCAGAACCCUGCAGUUAUCUACCCCGGUCAUGGUAAUAUUAUUAACGAUCCAAAAGAGCGCCUGCAAUAUUACAUCACCCAUCGCAACCAACGCGAAGCACAGAUCCUUAAUGUCCUGAAAGCGCAUACAGGUAAACAAUUCGAUGAGUUGGAACUGGUGAAAGAAAUCUACGUAGAUACUCCUACGACGCUUUACCCCGCAGCUGCACUCAACGUGGGCCACCAUUUGAGUAAACUUCUAAAAGAAGGCAAAGUAUCUUGUGCAGAGGCGACAAAACGCUGGCAAUACAAGGAACACGCUUCUAAAAUUUAAGCAAAAUAAGUUUUAUCAUAGUUUAUUCGCGGUAAGUUAAGAUAUUAAGCUUAUAAGCUGUAGGUGCAGGCAGCAGAACUAUGUUGUAUUUAAGUAUUAACUAAGGUAUUUAUUUUUAAUUUCUGUUUCAUAAUUACUUGUGGAAAACUAAUAAAUCAUUUCGAAGUGUUUCGAACUUUACCAUGA